AGAAGCGGAGUGGGCAGAUCAAAAGACAACCUGGCAAGAUGGCACUACCUGGAGGAAUCUUCCACCUUGUGUGACUGUGGAGCUGAACAAACAAUUCCUCAUAUGUAUGCUUGUCCACAAUGCCCUGACUCAUGCACGGAGGAGGAGUUGUUUAAAGCUACGGACAAUGUGAUUGCUGUUGCCCGCUUUUGGUCCAAAACUAUUUAGCUGUUUGUGAUUCCUUUAUUUUAUCACUUUUAAACUUAUUUAUUAUGCAAUGCUUUUGACUCGAAAUAAAUACAUAACCAGUCAAUUUGAUUUUCCAUGUAGGGUGGAUGUUGGGCGGCUGAGAAAGUGAUCCAAGUCCCGAACAAGAAAGUAUCAGGUUGGCUCUACCCCGAAAUGCCAGGGUUCAUUUUCGAUAUCGUCAUCUCUCUGGAUGACCGGUUCCUCUAUGCAAGCAACUGGCUGCAUGGUGAUGUCCGCCAAUACGAUAUCACGGAUCCACACUGUCCCAAAUUGGUUGGGCAGGUAUUUCUGGGGAACAGUAUUGAGGAAGGAGGUCAUGUAAUUGUCCUUGAGGAUCCAGAGCUGGAUUGCCAACCUGAUCCCUUUAUGAUCCAGGGCAGGAAGCUCAAAGGAGGGCCUCAAAAGCUUCAGCUGAGCUUGGAUGGCCACCGUCUCUAUGUCACCAGCUCUCUUUACACGUCUUGGGACCAGGAGUUUUACCCCGAGCUGGUCAGGGAAGGUUCGGUCAUGCUCCAGCUGGAUGUGGACACUGAGAAGGGCGGUCUUUGUGUGAACCCGGAAUUCCUGGUGGAUUUUGGGCAUGAACCGUGCGGUCCGGCUCGGGCGAAAGAGAUGCGCUAUCCCGGCGGGGAUUGCACCUCCGAUAUCUGGGAGUAGUGUGCAUCCUUUCCAAGUCGUCUUCAUGUCAAUGGGAGAAUCACUUAAGAAUUGGGAUUCACUCAAUACUUUUGUGUCCAGUGCUUGCUGUCAUGACUCCUUGUUGUAAAUGUCAACAUGAGACAUACAAUUGCUGGAGUAGCAUAUAUCCAUCUCUUUCUCUGGGUGUCCUUGGGACCGCAUCCUGCCUGCUUCCUCCCUUCUCCACCUCUCACAAUGUCUCAAUGGCAACUUCAUUUCCGCCCUUCAUUUUCUGUCCCUUUCUCCUCCUUUCCUUCUCUUCUUCUUCUCUUUCUUACCUUCCUAUCAAAAGCUUGGUGUGCAAGGCCUUUUAUAAGGAAGGUUUCUGUAAAGAUCCUCAGUUCUGACCAAGAAUAUUAUGAACAGGCUGAUCCUGGUAACAAAUAAAGUGGUUUGAAUGAUAAUAAGACUUUUCUUUGAAACCGACUGUUAAAAAACUGGGAGACCUAACACUUGUUGUUCUCGGCCGUGGAAAGCUUAGCUCUUUGUAACUAAACUUGGCUGAAUAAAAUAAAAAUAGCCCAUGCUUGCAUGCCUGAAAAGGAAUAGGGUUUAGUCUGAUCUCACUGAAGUGUGGUCCUUGUCCGAAGCUUCAAGGAGUGGGCAUCCGAGGGAAUGAAUUGAUCUG